UAGAAUUUAGAUAUCGAAGCAACAUGGGAAGAGGAAGCACCUGACGGCGGCAAGGAAAGCAUAUCAAUGGCUUUCAGGGUAAAAGCCACCACCUCCGCUUUAUGUGGUGCUCUAAUCUUCGCCAAUAACCGCAGCAAUAUCUCCUCUGCCUGCUCUUUCUUCUUUAGGCGCCUCCCAUGCAGAUUUUCUACAUUGCCUCUACCUUCCUCUGAAUAUACUUUCCUUAAAAUCGCGAACUUCAAUAACCCUAGUCCUAGGUUAUUUUGUAGCUCUGAAGCAAAUCCCGCCAAGAAGAAGGUCGACACCAAGGUCAAUUUUUCUCUAUCCGAUUCUGAGGGUGAAAAUGAGGACGACUCUAAAGAUGCCCAGAAAGAAGCUAACAAGAACAAGAAGCUACCACCGCCUUAUGACCCCUUCAAUAAAAAGCCGGCGAUUGAAGAGCCCAAGGAUCCAAAAGAUUUGCAAGAGAUCUUUCACAACAUGAGAAGCGGCGACGGGUUGCUAAAUCACGCAGUCAAGAUGUUCGACGCAUUGUCCAAAGACGGUCUCACUCACGAGGCUUUGGAGCUGUUCGGUCAGAUAAAAGACAAAGGUCAAAUGCCCGACGUGGUGGCUCACACGGCUAUCAUCGAGGCCUAUGCCAAUGCUGGUCAGCCCAAGGAGGCCCUCAAAGUUUAUAUGCGCAUGCUUGCUUCUGGGGUGUCUCCCAAUGCUUAUACCUACACUGUUCUUAUUAAGGGACUUGCUUCUGAUUCCAAGUUUUUGGGAGAUGCCAAGAAAUAUAUGUUGGAAAUGAUGGAAAAGGGCAUGAAACCCAAUGCUGUGACUUACACGGCCGUGUUUGAGGCAUUGGCUAGAGAUGACAAAGCGGAAGAGGCCACACACUUUUUGGAGCAAAUGAAGACUAGAGGAUUUGUCGCUGACGAGAAGGCUGUGAGGGAAGUUCUGAGUAGCAAGAGGGGUCCCAUUUUCAGAACCGUCUUGAGUAUUCUUUUUGGCAGGUCGGAAAGCGUUUAAAUGCGACAAAAUUUUGACCAACUUGGCCGCAUGGUUCUUAUUCUUAACAUCUGCUACGCCUACUUCUCAUGGAACGAUGGAAAGCACUCAAUACGAAUCCCGCCUUUUGAAUGAAAGAAAAAAUUGUAUCAUUAUACUUAAUAAUGUGUAUUUAUGUUUCAUACUCUUAUCUAUUCCAUUUUCGAGCUGCUCAUCCAAAAUGCAAGUUUGAUUCGCCAAAAAUGAGACUGCUAGUCCGAACCUAGACAUGGAAACAUGUGAGAUGCCUUUGUAUAUCAUCAUCCAUUCAUUCAAGUUCCUGGCUCUCAAGAAAAAAUGGGUCCAAUUAAGAAAAGUGUGACUCGUACUUCAAAAAAACAGAAAGAAAGAAAGAAAAUGGAUUCCAUUGUAGAUGAAGGGUUUAUUGGUAAAUAACUUAUAAAUAUCCCUAAAACAAUUGUAAACCAUUACCCUUGGGUACACAGAUUGCGAACCAAUGCAGAUUUUGAUGACCCCAAAUGGAUUCGAACUCAUUCAAAGUGCUAGUCUUAUCCAAAACCUUUCAGCCAAUCAUACCAGCUUGUAUUGGCUCAUACAUUCCAAUUGUUUUCUGAACCGAGUUUGAAAUAGAUUACAUAUUAGUAACAAAUUAACUGGGGAGGAAACACGGGGGCGUACAUAAUUGCUGUUCUUGCUAAAUAUCACAAAAUCAAUACAAAUGAUAACUUUUACAUCCCGGGUGAGAGGGAACGAACUCCAAGGCCAAAAAUGGAGACCCGUAUGGUGACAAUGACGGCAUAUUAACGUUAUUUCUGUCGUCCUUUCAGUGAAGCAUUUUUUAAUUUCCUGAGCCCAUUAGGUUGCCGCCACCUGCGGCAGCUCAAGUCU